AUGACGGGCCGCGUGUGCCGCGGCUGCGGCGGCACCGACAUCGAGUUGGACGCGGCGCGCGGCGAUGCGGUGUGCACGGCCUGCGGCUCGGUGCUCGAGGACAACAUCAUCGUGUCGGAGGUGCAGUUCGUGGAGAACAGCGGCGGCGGCUCAUCGGCGGUCGGCCAGUUCGUGUCGCUCGACGGUGCUGGCAAGACCCCAAACUUGGGCGGUGGCUUCCAUGUGAACCUGGGGAAGGAGUCCAGAGCACAGACGCUACAGAAUGGUAUUGUUCACUUCAGUGUUGAGCGCUAUGUUGUAGGGCCAGGAGAUGGGGUUAUGAUGCUGGGGGCGGCGCCACAUCCACCACCUGGGGAGCCAGCUGCAGCUGAACCAGCAUUGCCUGGACACUGCCUUCAACUUUUUCAAGAUGGCUGUGAGCAAGCACCUGACCCGAGGUCGGAAAAUGGCCCAUGUGAUCGCUGCCUGUCUCUACCUGACAUGCUCCUUGACCUCAGCGACCUGCUCCAGGUGAACGUGUAUGUCCUGGGGAAGACGUUCCUGCUCUUGGCAAGGGAGCUGUGCAUCAAUGCCCCAGCCAUAGACCCAUGCCUGUACAUUCCACGCUUUGCCCACCUACUGGAGUUUGGGGAAAAGAACCAUGAGGUGUCUAUGACAGCCCUGAGGCUCCUGCAGAGGAUGAAGAGGGACUGGAUGCACACGGGCCGGCGCCCUUCAGGCCUCUGUGGAGCAGCACUUUUGGUUGCAGCCAGAAUGCAUGACUUCCGGAGAACUGUUAAAGAAGUCAUCAGUGUGGUCAAAGUGUGCGAGUCUACACUACGGAAGAGGCUCACAGAAUUUGAAGACACUCCCACCAGUCAGCUUACCAUUGAUGAAUUUAUGAAGAUUGACUUGGAGGAAGAAUGUGACCCUCCCUCAUACACAGCUGGACAGAGGAAGCUUCGGAUGAAGCAGCUGGAACAGGUUCUGUCAAAGAAGCUCGAAGAAGUUGAAGGUGAGAUAUCCAGUUACCAGGAUGCCAUUGAGAUUGAGCUAGAAAAUAGCCGGCCAAAGGCAAAGGGUGCCCUCGCCAACCUGUCGAAGGAUGGCUCCAUUGAGGACGCCACAUCCAGCCCGUUUGGUGAGGAGGACGCUGAGGAUGAGGAGCUAGAGGCUGCUGCCAGCCACAUGAACAAGGACUUUUACCGGGAGCUCCUGGGGGACAGCGGUGGCUCAGAAGCAGCAGAAGGCCCUGAUGGUGGUGGCAGACCGCUGGCCCUGGAGUCCCUGCUGGGCCCCCUACCCACAGCGGCCAGUCUGGGCAUCUCCGAUUCUAUCCGCGAGUGCAUCUCCUCCGCAAGUGGGGACCCCAAAGACACCUCAGGAGAUGGAGAGUUGGACCUCAGCGGCAUUGACGACUUGGAAAUUGACAGAUAUAUUCUGAAUGAGUCAGAAGCCCGAGUGAAAGCUGAACUGUGGAUGCGGGAGAAUGCCGAGUACUUGCGGGAGCAGAGGGAGAAAGAAGCCAGAAUAGCCAAGGAGAAGGAGCUUGGCAUCUACAAGGAGCACAAGCCCAAGAAGUCUUGCAAACGUAAGGAGCCUAUCUUUGCCAGCACAGCUGGGGAGGCCAUUGAGAAGAUGCUGGAGCAGAAGAAAAUCUCCAGCAAGAUCAACUAUAGUGUGCUCCGGGACCUCAACAGCAAGGGUGGGAGCAGCCCACCCAGGGAGGACAUACAACCCACAGAGCGGAGUAGUACCAAGAAGCUGUCACGGAGGAAAAGAGCAGCCAGUAGGAACAGCGCUGACUCUGGGGCCAGCAUAGGGAAGAGGUUGAGGCCUUUGGUAUCUACUCAACCAGCUAAGAAGGCAGCUGUCGGAGAGGCCUUGCUCUCCAGCUCUCCUGCCCUGGGAGCUGAGCCUGCUAAGCCAUCAGCAGUUCUGGUGGAGAGUGGCCCUGUGUUAUACCACCCUGAGGAGGAUGCAGAUGAGGAGGAUGCUGAGGAGGAGGAUGGGGAGCCCUGCGUCAGUGCCCUGCAGAUGAUGGGUGGCAAUGAUUACGGCUGUGAUGGUGACGAGGAUGAUGGCUACUGAGUGAACCUCAAGGCCAGGCAGUAUACCGGCACUGGACGCCAAGCGUGUCUAUUGUGGUGGUCAGAUGGGCCCUGGGGCGGAUCACAGGAAUGAACUCUGAGAUUUGGGACCCACUGAGCAUUGCCCCAUUUGCUUUGAAGCUCUCAUCCCAUAGCCAUGUGUGGCUCCCAUGGUACUUACUGUUGGGAAUUAGGUUUUGAACAAUGUAAAGAAUAUUUUUACCCAGCAAGGGGAACCAGA